CUGUGCAGCCAGGAAAGACGCAGGAGCCUUCCUGGAGAAUACAACUGGCUGGCCUGACUAGAACACAUCUUUAAUCCCCAGAUGCUUGUGUUUUGGCUUGGAUAUUUGUUGAAUGAGCUAAGGGACUGUUCGUUUUUUUUUCCACUUUCUUGAUGAAAGGAUUGAGGGAGCAGAUGGUUUUAGGUGGAGAGAAAAAAUACUCCCCCACACAGGCGCACACAUAAACACUCCAGUGGCUUGAUGGUGGUGAAGAUACUGUUCUCUUCGAUCUCUAAACGGCUUGCUGUUCGAAAAAGGAAUAUAGCUAAAAAAAAACAAAAAAACAGACGGGUCGAGAGCGACGUCAAGGAAGAGGAGCUAGAAAAAUCUUACAAAAAGUCUUUUGCAAUAAGGGUUUGAGGGAAGACAAAGGCUGUAGAUGAAGUCUUGUGUCAGCUUGUGUGUAAUGGAUGUUUAGUGCUCGCCAAACCACCAUUCGCAGGAAUUAUUAUUAAGAUAUUUGUUAACUUUUGUGCAAGACAACAAAGAAGAUCACGUAUGAAGUGCCAUCUGGCCACAUACGGACUGGAUCCCAAAGACGACGAAAAUCAAGGGCACAUUACGCUCUCCUUGUCUGUGUAACAAAGCACCUUGUGCAUAUUCACAUCGGCGGUGCCAAAGAGGGAUUGAAAUAUUUGUUCUUCGAUGCUGACAUCAUAAAAGUGGGAUGGAGGAAUAAUUGAACUAUAAUCAAGACAGCACACCCUGUCAUUUGAAAAGCUGCUUUUUAGACACGUCUGACCUACGGGAAGAACAUCAGGAAAAUUGUCGGGAAUAAGUCAACCCGGAAUCAAGCUUUCACUUGUGUCCUCCUCCAGCCCCCGCAUUGCCUGUUUCAGACAAGCAGUGAGUUCGCAGUAGCAGCGCUUGGAGUCAGAUUACAUGCAACCAUUCCAAUGGUGUAACGGCUGCCUCUGUGGUCUAGGGCUGCAGCAUUCAGACUGUGAUAUGUCAGAGGAAGACAUCUACCGUUUGCCGCUCAACAUGUACGUCAUUGUACUGGGCAUAGGCAUGUUCAUCUUCAUGCUCAGUGUAAUCUUCUGCUGCUAUCUGUUCAGAUUGAAACAGCAAGGUACAAGGGAGCAGUACAGCUACAAUGAGGUGGUGUUGAAAGGUGCAGGAAAGAAGCUGAGCCUGCUGGGACAGCCCUGUGCCGUGUGUCUAGAGGAAUUCAAGACCAGAGACGAGCUGGGCGUCUGCCCGUGUUCACACACUUUCCAUAAGAAGUGCCUGCUGAAAUGGCUAGAGAUCCGCAGCGUCUGCCCAAUGUGCAAUAAACCCAUCAUGCGUCUCCACAAUGCUGACACCCCGCGAGGAGCCGAGGGGCUGCAAGACCCUGAGGAGGUGUGACCCCAGAAACUGUACGGCCCACGGCCAGAUUAACACCCUCUAGUUCUGCAAAUGUUGGAACAGAUCAUGUGACCUGCCAAGGCUCUCCAAAGCCAUCUAUAUGCACCGCCACAGCGGACCGGAGACAAGACAAACCAGGAUGACACUAGUGAUUCAGUACAAUAUUGCCAGUAGACAAACGUAAGAAUAAUCUCCUAUAUAUCGUGCCACAAAAAUCUUUAAUGUAGAAUCGUGCUGAGGUUCUAAAGCGAGAGACACACUGUGCAUGCUGGGUGACGAGAUCAGAAUGAGAGGUAAAUAUCUCAGGAGUUUGCCUCAGGGGAUCCAAGCAGGCAACAAAUGAAAACAUUAAACUUCGGCAAUUAAACUUCUGCUGUCGUUGGACAGCCGUAUAUAUGUAAUAAUAGGGUUGUAGGUGUAAUGCACUGUCUGUUUGACCGGUACUACAAGGUCUUCAACAAGAUCCUGCGUAGUCCUUACAGGAAUAUUAAAUAUGUAAUCAAUAACCAGCAGUUCUUAUCCACUAUCGUGUUCAUUGCUUGAAUUGAUCCCUUUUCACUGUUAUUUUGUAUUGUUUGUUUUUGAAUAAAAUGUCUUGUUUUUGUGGUUAA